CUGCUAAACCCUUUCAUCUCUACUGCCGUUGUGGCUGCCGCCGACGUCGAGCCUCCAUCACCACCUACCCCCUCCCCACCCCCACCCCUACCGCCGCCAUCCACUUCCACGAGUCUCCCCGUCCCCCCAUUCGACAGCCCUCCAAUAGACCAAACCCUAGCUUUUAUAGGGACGAAGACGAAAAGUCUCGCCUCCACCAACAAUGAUUUUUCCCGUUACGCCCUGGAGUUCAAGCAGAAGGCUUUGGGUCCUCUAUCUCAAACAAGGCAAAGGAAAAGGCAGCCAUGGCCGUCGAGUUUCUCGCCAUGUAGGCUGCUGCCCGAAAGGGAAAACCGUUCUCCUUGGACUGCAAAUGGCCAACUCCAUGGAGGGAUCAGUCGUUGUAGUCUUGAGCAUUCGCCACCAAUAAUCGGCCAGUUGGAAUCGUUGUGUGAGGAGUAUGGACAACCAAUUCUGUGA